AUGACUGCCGUUGCCUCUACUAAGGGGAAACAUGAAGCUGAUCAUAAUCAGACUAUAGAGUGUCCAAGGUUUUCCCGUGGACAGAAGGAGAUUCCAUUGGACAAUGAGGAUACAAAAGGGAAGGACUCAAUAAUCAACUCACCUGUGUCAGGAAGGCAGUCAAUAAGCCCUACUCUGUCCAACGCUACUGGCGCCACCACUAAAUCUAUUAUGAAUGCUACAGGAACUUCGGGUGCUGUAGUAAGUAAUACUCCGGAAGCUGGUUUGAAAAGAGUUCCCGCUGUAACCUUUAGUGAUCUGAAGCAGCAACAAAAGCAGGACAGUUUGACUCAACUGAAAAAUGAAUCGGAAAAGGCUAACCCCCCAAACAACAGCCUAGCAGUCACUUCAACUCCGGUUCCUAAUAAUCCUACAACUAUACCGAACCACAUUAUUUCUCCAAGAACGGUACAUGUAUCUGGUUCCCCGCUAGUCAACCAAAUGAAAGAUCAUGUUCCUAACAAGGACAGUACUCUCAAAAUAAUUGAUCCCAUCAAGCCCGACAAAGUCAUGGCCUCUUCAACACCAAUAAACAGACCAAGCGAUAAGGUAACAGCCAAAGCUCCUGAUAGCAUUUCACUACGAAAGGAAGAUUCACAAGAUGAAGUUAAGAAUAUUUUAGGCCAAAGUAGGGUACACUCCCCUCCAGAAGAGAUGCUACUGAAACAGUCUGUCAUUCCUUCCAUUAUUCCUAAGAGAGAGAAUUCCAAGAACUUGGACCCUAGGUUACCUCAAGAUGACGGAAAAUUGCACGUACUCUUUGGUGCGACAGGUUCGCUCUCGGUAUUCAAGAUCAAACCAAUGAUUAAAAAAUUGGAAGAAAUAUAUGGCCGUGACAGAAUAAGUAUUCAGGUUAUCCUAACACAGUCAGCAACACAGUUUUUUGAACAAAGAUACACAAAGAAAAUCAUCAAGUCUUCAGAAAAACUGAAUAAACUUUCGCAAUAUGAAUCCACUCCAACAACCCCAGUAACACCAACACCUGGACAGUGCAAUAUGGCUCAAGCAGUAGAAUUACCUCCACAUAUUCAGCUUUGGACAGACCAAGAUGAAUGGGACACAUGGAAACAACGAACUGACCCCGUUCUUCAUAUAGAGUUACGCCGCUGGGCAGAUAUUUUAGUAGUAGCCCCUUUAACUGCGAACACACUGUCAAAGAUUGCGUUGGGACUGUGCGACAAUCUUCUGACAAGCGUCAUCAGAGCUUGGAAUCCAAGCUAUCCAAUUCUUUUAGCGCCUUCCAUGGUAAGUAGCACUUUCAAUUCGAUGAUGACAAAGAAGCAAUUGCAAACCAUAAAAGAGGAAAUGUCUUGGGUCACUAUUUUCAAGCCCUCUGAAAAGGUUAUGGAUAUAAAUGGCGAUAUUGGUCUUGGGGGGAUGAUGGACUGGAAUGAGAUUGUUAACAAGAUUGUUAUGAAAUUGGGUGGAUAUCCAAAGGAUAACGAAGAGGACGAUGAAGAUGAAGAUGAAGAUGAAGAUGAAGAUGAAGAAGACGAAGAAGAAGAAGAGACAGAGGAUAAUAAGAACGAAAACAACAACGACGAUGACGACGACGAUGAUGAUGACGAUGACGACGACGAUGACGACGAUGACGACGACGAUGAAGAGGAUGAAGUAGGAACUCCAGGUAUAGUAGAUAAGCAUCAAUAA